CUUAUGCCUGGAUCAUAUCGGAAGUAGAUGACUGACAUGAAUUGCUACUAUUCGCCUCAUUUUUCUCGUUUUUCACUAUGAUUCCCUUGUCCAUCAGCCUUGCAGAGUUGCGGCAACGCAUAGAUGAAGUCGUGCGUUUUCUCGAGGUUACUCUGAGCAUCGCAAACGCGCACACGGUGGAGUUUUACACGCACGACGUGUGGAGUCGUUUCGUGGCCGUGUCGCCUGAGGAAGUGCUGAAUGCACUUGGCAUAAAUGGCCAAAAGGGGGAGCCAGAGAUCCAAAACCAAAUUGGAUACAACGAGCAAUUGAAGACUUCAUUUGGGUUUUGCCAAGACACCAACAGGCUAGUUGACGCACAUAACAUGUUGCGUUCAGCCAAGGCCCACUCACUACCUGGCCUAGGGGUCUGCAUGAGCCGGGAUGAGCUUUUGGAGGCCCUCAGACAAAAGCCAACGGAGUUAGGCGCUGAGUCGGGUGUUGAAUUGGAGCCGGAUGAGUUCAUGAACACGAAAAAGUCACAUGAGGUGCAGUCCAUGGCGGAGGUAGUGGACUGUUUGGCCAAGCGCUGUGGAGUCAAACAGGUGAUAGACGUGGGCUCGGGGAAGGGCUACCUGAGCUCCUUCCUUUCCCUGCAGCACGGCCUUCGCGUCUUCGGCAUUGACUCAUCUAGCACCAACACCCACGGGGCCCAGGAGAGGAACCGCAAAUUGCAAAAGUUCUCCAAGGUGUACCAGAAACACAGGAAGGCUGCGAAAGGAGAACCAGAUCACCAGUUGGUCACAGAAAUCAAAGCUGCAGAAGAUAGAGAAGAGUCGCAGGAGGAUAAGAUGCAGUUGUCAGACCCGAACCCCACAGAGGAGCUGUUCUUAAGCGCCAUGACAUUGGAGGUGUUACAGACUGGCAGAACUUCUCCCAGCUCACUGACUGAUGAGGAGAGGCAGAGGAGGAAGAGGGAGAACCUUGAAAAGAAAGCCCAGAGUCGAACCGGCGCGACCGGUGCCGUCUUUUCGCCGCUCACCUCCUACGUUACCGCCGAAACGGAGCUGAGGGAGCUCAUCAGCGAGCUUGAGGAUGCAGUCCUGGUGGGCCUGCACACGUGCGGUGACCUGGCGCCCAGCAUGCUCCGAAUGUUUGUGGCUAAAGCAGAGCUGCUUGCGGUCUGCAGCGUGGGAUGUUGCUACAACAAGCUCUCGGAGGAGUUCGAGGCAGACACACAGGAGCGUUCAAGUGGAGCGUUCGGGUUCCCUCUGAGUCAGCACCUCCGCCGCCUCUCGUGGUUCUGCGGCAGAAACGCCAGGAUGUCAGCAUGCUUGGCGCUGGAAAGAGUUGCAGUGGGCCAUGGGAUUCAGAUGGAUUCGCUUUUCUACCGGGCGGUCCUGCAUGUUAUUCUUCGGGAUCACUACGGCGCCUAUAAAAGUGAAAAGCGAGUGGGAAACGUCUACGCCAAGGCGAAAUCCUUUGUAGAUUACGUUCGACGGGCUCUUCGCAAGCUGGACCUGGAUGAUUCAAAGCUUUCCGACGAAGACAUUCAGCAGUACCACGACGCGCACGCGCCGCGCUGGCCUGAGAUCCGCGCUUUUAAUCUGUUGAAGGUGACCCUGGCUCCUUGCAUUGAAGGUCUCAUUCUCCUGGACCGCCUCUGCUACCUGAAAGAACAGAACCAGGGAUCUUUCUCUGCGUUGGUGCAACUGUUCGACCCGCUUCUGUCGCCAAGAUGUUACGCCAUUGUGGCGCUGAAAGACUGAUGCUCUAUUUUUAUACAUCAGUCAUCGAUUGGACUAUUAGCCUCGCUCCACAAGUCAUGCAACACGUGCUGGAAAACAGCUGGAAAAAGCGCCAUGAAGUCCCGUUUGAUUGAGCUGUGUCAUUUUUUUUUCUUCAUCUUGAUGCUGGAGCGUGGCAGUCGCUGGGCCUAUUGGGGGUGUUUUAGGCCGAGACCUGGAUGGCCACGCAGGUCUGGAAAGACCAUCGUCAGACUCCCUAGUGUCGUAGGAAGAGGCCUUGACCUCUUUAAUCUGUACAGCUGUUUUGUUCGCUCCCUUAAUAAAUCUUAUAUGCUUGGAAAGGAAUAUUGUUGGGGUGCAGAUGCAUGAAUUAUGAACGCAAUCAGACGCCGUGUGGAGCUGCAGCGUUCGGGGUGAGCGCAAACGUCUUGCCGCUUUUGCACUAUUUUCACACUUUGU